UCUGCGGAAUUCUGCGGAAUAAGUAUUUGAGUAGGGAUAUUUGGGGAUCAUCGCGGGUAUAAUUGCUGAAUUACUGCAUGUGUACAUCAAGAAUCAAGAUUCAAGAAUGCCAAGAACAGCAAGUUCAGUGGAGAAAACACUAUAAAUACAGUUGCAGAAAGAAUCCUUAAGAAUCUUAAAACUGUGAGAGAUUUUUGCACCUAUUUUCUUCCAAAAUGAACACACCACAAGCUAUUGCAUUUGAUGAAUUUGGUAGACCAUUUAUUAUCCUUAAGGAGCAAGAGAAAAAACGGCGUUUAACUGGCCUUGACGCACAAAAGGUAGCCGUCAAACUUGUCAAUUCCUUUUAACAUUUAGUAUAGAUUUUGUUUUCGCUUGCUUGUAAUACUCUUUCAAUAUUAUUUUCUAGUCUCAUAUCCUGGCAGCUAAAACUGUUGCUAAUACUUUAAAAACUUCCCUUGGUCCAAAUGGUUAGUAUUUUGCAGUAUUACUGACAAACUGACUGAUGUCAGUUAAUUGUCACUCCCAUGUCUAACAAUGCUUGAGUAUAUGUAGUUUCCUGAAAUUUGUUGAAGCUGAUUUAUGAGAGUUUAGUAGUUGUAGUUAAAAAUUACAUGUUUAUAUCAUCCCCAAGCCAAUAGUGUGCCAAUGCCUAUCCUGGCACAGCGACAGCCUAGGGUUUAGUGUAUUUCACACCCAAGGGCUUGAAAUUUGGGGGAACUUUUUGCCACUACUAGAAACUUAGGCUAUGUUUACAUUGUAUCGGAUCACUUUGUGUCCGACGCAAAAACCAUACUGGAUAGGGCUUCUGUUUACAUAUGAAAUGUUGUUAUCGUCUCAAUUUCUGCAACGGACCGGUGGUGCGGCGGUUCGCUCUUCGAAGUGGUGUGCGAUGUUUGCCCACGAACGCAGCAUUCUGAUUGGCUGUUUGCUGUUGGAUUCUAUAAUUAGAUCAGUGAUUCAUCACAAAGGCUUUGAUAAGCUUAAAAUUCGAAAAUUGAUCACUUUUUUCGAUUAAAAAUGGAACAAGAUGUUCACUGUUCUCCAAGGCGUAAAAAAAUACCUGUGGUUCCGGUUUCAUAUCGUGAAAAAAUUAGGGUCGGUAGGUCGGAAAUAAAUUUUUUUUUGAAUAUUUUUUUCAUGGUUUUGGCAUUUUUUUGCUGGGCGAUUUGCAGUAGAGUCCCAACAUCAAUAUUAACUAGAGAUGCGUAUUUCCUAUGGACGAAUUUAGACAAUUUGGUUCAAUAAUUAGUGUGACAACAGACGCCAUUUUGGCACACUGUAUGAGCAGCCCGCAACCACCUGGAGAAAAUAGGGUCGCACAGUCAAUCGCGCUGAAAAAAUAAUAGGGUCGGUAGAAAAAAAUAGGGUCGGUCGGGAACCGGAACCACAGGUAUUUUUUUUUACGCCCAAUGGGGAUUGCUUGUCGUGAAGUGUUGGAAUAGCAACAUUACGACUGGGGUAAACUAUAGUAUUAAACCUUUACUUGAGUUUCAUUAAUUUCAAACUACGGAUGAGCCGAUAAGGAAAAUUGCCGAUUACUGAGGCCGAUUAUUUAUAAGCCGAUUAUUGUAACUAAUCGGCCGAUUAAUCGGUACCCACCGAUUAUUUUAAAAAGCAAGCGAAAAAUCACAAGAUGACCAACAAUGAAGUUGUAAAUGCGGUUUUAUUGUUUACAAUACACACUUUGUACAAUUAAAAACAGCUUCAGUCUCGCAUGUCAGUAGUCAAAGUUUAGUUUUGGCAGAUUAUGGUGUAAAAACAAGACAUUGUUAGCUGUGCGGAGCUAGUCUGCUGCGUUUUUUUAGUGGAAAUGUUCCCAGCUUCACUUCGUUUGAGACAAAAGACACAGGUUUUGCAACAAAAUGUGUCGCUUGUAUUCAGUAUUUUAGCAUGUGAUUGGCAGCUGCAGAAAAAGUCUUAUGGCCGAUUAUCAGGCAAUAAUCGGCCGAUUACCGAUUAUUUAGAAAACGGCCGAUUAAUCGGCUUUGCCGAUUAUUUACCGAUUAAUCGGCUCAUCCCUAUUUCAAACAGACUUGAUACGUUAUAUGUUCCUCAAGAAAAUUACCUUUUGGUUGAUGUUGACUCUGUUCUUGCACAGAAGAAAACCGCGCUUUUUGCGGUGAAGAUUUAGAGGCAGUUGCAUGUAUUUUAAUAAGCCUAUUCGAAACACUUUGCGAUUUGCAAGGCUUCGUUGAGAGGGCGAAACAGAAUACGGUAAUUGCCGUUUGAAACGAAACGAUCUGGAUGCUCUGAAUGCUUUCUUCUUUUGUAGAGUUCUUUACCAAAUGAAAUAACUGAAAUUUUCGUACUUUCUGCCGCCAACAAGAAUUGCACAUUAAAGUGAGACAAUUUAUUUUUUACAAUGGCGACAGCGAAGCACACAUUAGUGCUAAUGUGGUCGCAGGACUUCCCUCACAAUUUGAAGUUUGAGACUGGUUUUCUGUUGAAAUUCGUCCUAAUUUGCCUGUUCCGAUUUUUGUUGAAAAUGAGCACUUGCAAAUUUGGCAAUUACUGACUGUGUUGCUUGCUUUUUUGGAGUUAAAACGCAGCCAUUUACACAUUGUUUCUGUUCUGGCAGAGAAAACCCUGCAACAGUUUAAUGCGAGUUUGUUUGUUAAUAUUUGGGUAGCUGUUAUUGGUUCUUUUUUGACAAUUGACGCGCGAAUAGGGCGUGUUAUGAAAAGGGGCGUUUUACAAAAUACCUGGCCUUGCUUGCAGGCCCACUAUCACUUCCCUUGGGCCUGCAUGCAGGCUACUAGAUACUUGAAGUUUGAACCCAAAAUUCUAGAAUCCUACAUUUGGAUAGUACUGUAGUAUUGGCAUUGAACUACCGUAUUAACCUCGUUCGCAAGCCCUUAUUGAUGGGCUUAUUUAUAUAUUGAGGGCUGAUUUACAGGUGAUAUUUGAUGUUAGGGAUAAUAUUUAUUGUACCUGUAAACUAUACUGUGAACAUACAUUAUAUAACACCAAAUAAAACAAGUUGGUUAACUGGUCUAUUUGCCCAGUUAACCCAUUGAGUGACAUUGCACCCUACUUUAUUAUUUCACUCUGUCUAACAUCAGACAAUUUUGCUCGUCAAGAGGAGACCACUCGCACUUAAUGGGUUAACAUACUAUUAUAAAUACCUGUCCAGUAAUAAGGCCCAUGGGCUUAUAUUUGAGGGGGAAGGGCUUAUAUUCGGAAUGACCUGAGCUUAAAUUCGGUGGUUUAUGGUAAGGCAAAACAAGUUUACAAUAAUGUUGUAGAUUUGUAAUUAAUUUGAUAGUAAAUAGUUUGAUUCUCAGAUAUGUAUGAUUCUCACAGGUUUGCUGUGAGUUUCGUGAUUUCAAGUCUCAUCUCACAGUUUAACCUCCAGGCCUUUAAAUAUCUUUUACAGGGCCGUCUGACAAAAUGUCCGAUGAUUUUGAGUUUGAGUCGGACAUAUGUCCGAUGACUUCAGUUCAGUUUGGGUCGGAAAUAAGUCUGAAUGACGCAAAUUAAUAUCAGCAUAAUGUAUUCAUUCUGAACUAAAUGUUGUGAAGAUAUUAAAUAAUUUGUGUCAUUCAUACUUAUUUCCAAGCCAAAAUUAACUUGCUUGCCAAUGAUAGCAGUACGACUUCGAUAACUUACGCCCGUUUUCCACCUCACCAUUUCACUUGCCGCCCCGCAACAUUUCCGGUUCAUUUUUAUACAAACUCUGGUUCUGGACUAGGGUACAUUUUGAUUUACGUACGUGGAGAAAGCGUCAGACAAAGCUACAGUUCGGUCGGACACCAAUACACUCGGGUCGAACAAACAAUAAACCUCAGUUUCACUUAGGUCGGACAGAAUGUCCAGUGGUUUCCUCUGUACGUCGGACAAUUUGAUGAAUGGGUUGGACAAUGUCUGUGACUGACUGAUAUUUUAAGGCCUGUAACCUCUAAAUCUCAUGGUUUUCCACAAUGAAUGACAAUAGUUAUAAUGACAAUACUUAAGUACCAUAUUCAGCCUACUGUGCAGCUUAGCUUAUCUUAAAUUAAGGCUUUUUUUUCAAGUGUGAAGAUGUUAGUGUAAAAUGUUUAGGUAUGGAUAAAAUGUUGGUGAGUGGUGAUGGUGAUGUUACAAUAACAAAUGAUGGUGCAACAAUAUUAAGCCAGAUGGAAGUAGAACAUCAAAUUGCAAAAUUGAUGGUUCAGUUGUCAAAGUCCCAGGAUGAUGAAAUUGGUGAUGGCACAACAGGAGUCGUUGGUAAGAAUCACUGAUGCAUUAUUCAUCAUUAUACUGUAACUCUGUGGUUCACUAAAAUUCUUGAAAUGUUGAGUGUUCUAAUCUUUCUCAAGAGACUUACACAAUGCAGUGGGUCAUUCCAGAAAAGAUACAGACUAGUAGACUACUGUAACAAAGAGGAAAUGGGUGAAAUCAACUUCAAUAAUCAUAAAAUGUGCCAAGACAUCUGGGGGGGAGGCUUAGUUAACUUCGAAUUUCCACUGUGGAGUAACUGUAAGCUGUUGCGAUAUUUAAAAAAAAGAAAACCGAUACCGGAAAAUAAUACCGAUAUAUCGAUAUUUUUUUGCUAUUGUAUUUUGCUUAAUUUUAUGCAAAAUUUGCUUAAUUUUAUGCAACAUUUUCUGUUUCCAAAUGAUGCCAAACAACCACGAUAUACCGGUAACAGCUUUGCCUCAUCGGGUGUGUGAUGUUUUCAAUAAAGUGUGAUCGACGUCAGUUAGAGCUGCUCCCGAUUAAUCGAUCAAUCAAUUAUUUUUUCCUCAAUCGAUUAGGCUUAACAGCAGUUGGAUAAUUGGAUCAUCUAUAACACCAUAUAUAUAACGCCAUCAGUGGCGUAGCCAAGGGGGGGGGGGGCGACCGCCCAAUCGCAAAAAAAACAUCCACUGAAAAAGGCUAAAUCCGUAGAGAAAUGUGGGGGGGGGGGGUACGCGUUACAUUCUCGAAUCUGAAACUGAUUAAGUACGUCUCGACUGAGGAAAACGACGAUAUACUGGAGGAACAUGAUCAGUUGUAAAAUUUCAUUAAAGCAGUUGUAGAUAUGGUUCCAAGAAGAAUAGAUUUAGUUUAGAUUUACAUGUAUGCAUUAUCAUAGCAUAAAUAUUCCUCUCAGACUUAUUCUGUAUCGUAUAAAAAAGCAACGCAAUUUUGAGAAUGCGGAAAUGCUGUCUCAUAGAACCUAGAAUGAUUUAAAUGCAACGUUUCUGAUCAAAAUCACAUUGGGACUUUCUUCCCCCAGCAACACAGAGGGGAAAUAAGGUGACGCUGACCGGCUCCUCCUGUUUUUCAAGGUGACUUUUCCAAUUUAUUUAAUUCCGAGUAGAAAAUUAGAAAUGUCUGGGAAAAUUUAUGUCUUCAAUGUACUCUAUAAUCUUCGGAAUUCUGCAAGAUUUCACACCCCCCCCCCAAAAAAAAAAUGCUUGAAAUCGCAUUUCAGGGACUCUAGAUUUCAAAAUUUUCCCGGGGGGCAUGCCCCCGGACCCCCCUAGAUGGUCCCGCUCCUUCGGCUUUCGCUUCGCCCCCCCAAAAAUGAAGGUCUGGCUACGCCACUGAACGCCAUAUAUAUAACACCAAAUAUAUAACGCCUGAUGCGGGAAUUAUUUAAUUUCUUUCCUGAUUAAUUUUAAAAAUUGCGACAAGAUUGUGAUUAAUUUAAAUGACAAACAUUCAUAACUUUGUCUGUCAAAUAUAAAAUUCACUCGCAGCGUGCAAAGUUUACCUUAGUCUGAUCGGGUUUACCAGUUCUGCGAAAAUAUCUUUAAAGUUUUUUAUUAGAAGAAUUUAUUAGCAUUGGCGUCCAACAUUGCGGCGUGCAGAUUUUAAAACCUUGUUUCACGUUUUAAAAUGUUAGUUUGGCCACACCAAGUGCCAUAUUUGAGCAAUGAAAUGGACAUGUUUCUGUGCAACCUCCAAAAAUUUAGUAAACACUUACAAACCUGCACCAUGGGCAUGUCAUAUUUAAAUUUAUUUAAUUAUCAAUACGAUUAAUCGAUAUUAAUCGAUUGUUGACAACGAUUAAUCGAUUACGAAAAUUAACCGAUGGGAGCAGCUCUAACAUCAGUGAUCUGUAGUACGGUAGCCUGUGAAAUGUCCGCUUUAGAAAUUGAAAAUGCAUAUUAGCAUUGAUUACCGCACUGGAUGAAUCAUGUGUGAUAUUUUUGACCGGGAAAUUUGUUUCAAAACAUGUUAUUCAACUGCAAGUUAGAAACAAAGAUUGUCCUACUGUAUCUCACCAGAUAAGGCGUAAAAAAAAACCUGUGGUUCCGGUUCCCGACCGACCCUAUUUUUUUUCAACUUGAUUGACCGUGCGACCCUAUUUUCUCCGGGUAGUUGCGGGCUGCUGCCAAAAUAGCGUCUGUUGUCACACUGAUUAUUGAAAAAAAAUAUUAAAAAAAAACUUUUCCGACCUACCGACCCUAAUUUUUUCGCGAUAUGAAACCGGAACCACAAGUAUUUUUUUAUGCCUAAACAAUGUGCAAUGAGAUUAGUUUUUGUUUUUCUAAAACAUUUGUAAUCCACCGUUCUAAAAGUUCACUUUUUGACAAGCGAAGUGACAUAUUACUCCUUGCAAUGCCAACGUAAACAAACACAUUUUAGCUCUCGCUCUAACCUUAAUUUACGGAUUUUCCCGCGGAGUUAGCACAUUGGUUGUCUUCGUCCUUCUGAAAUAACUCCAAUCAGCACUUGAAAAAGCUUAAUAUGACAUUUAAAUAUAGAAACGUAAAUGUGAUAUCUACAAUACCGAAUAAUCGGUAUUUAUAUUAAAAAACUGAUAAUUAUCGGUAUAUUGUUAUAUGCCGCAACAGUCUACUGUGGAGGAGGUUGAUGUUUUGUGGAAUGACCCAAUAAUUUUUCAUGCAACUUGUCCUGCAAUGGAGAAGUUGCAUGAAGUUAAACUAUUUUGUCAAAUAGUAUUUUUUAUUGCUUGCUUUACAGUAACCAACAUUGAACAUUAUUGUGUGACAAAUUGCAUGGCCGAAAAAAUAAAAUUGGUUUCAUAUUUCACACUCUACUACCUAGGUCACAAAAACAUUUUAUUUUAUAAAAUUUUUAAUAAUAGAAUACUAUUUUCCAGCAAGUAACAGUGUGUAUGACUAUGAUAAACUUAUAGACAAAUGUAGAUCAACCCAUAGAUUUCCAAGUUCAAAACUACAGUACCUGUAUCUAACACAACUACUUGACUAGAUGGGCAGACAAAAUGUUAAAUAGAAAGCGUAUUUUUGUAAAAAAAAGGAAAUCUGUGUAAUUAUGUAUGUCCAUGGAAUAUUUAUGGUCUGACGACAGAGAUAUUUGUAACAUUUUUCAGGAACCUAAAACAACAGUCAUUUUGUCUGGCCUCAGCAACUUGUAUCAGUGGCUGAUCAAUGAUCUAUGUUGCAUAUUUAUGUAUUACAUCAAAAUAUUAUAAUAAGUGAUCAAAGCAUAUAUUUUUUAUUUUUACAAACUACCAGUUUUGGCAGGAGCUCUUCUUGAACAAGCAGAACAACUAUUAGACCAUGGUAUUCAUCCAAUCCGUAUUGCUGAUGGUUAUGAACUAGCAGCACAGAUUGCAUUAGAGGAACUGGAUAAGAUCAGUGAAAGUUUUCCAAUCAAUAAAGACGUGAAAGGACUCUUGGUGGAAACUGCGAAGACUACAUUAGGUUCAAAAAUGUAAUUAUAUCAUUCUUCUUUUUCAAAAUACAAUAUUAAUUAAUUACAGUAAAUGUGGAAGCAUCUGUCAAUUGAAUUGACAUUAAGCUUGAACACAUGAUCAGGGCGCGAAAUAACGGCCGGUCAACGGACAAUGUCCGGCCAGAAUGCGGAAUUGUCCGGUCAAAUUCUUACCUUUCCGGUCAUUUUGACUAGUCACUUUUGGUAAAAGAACAAACAACUAAUCUUCAUUUGAAUUCAUAAUCAAAACAAAGUUGUCAAGCAUUAUAAUUAAGAACCAUAACAUGUUGUCCAAUACGUUGCGGGAAAAGAACUUCAAUGUACGCCAGCUUUCCCACGCAGUACGUCACAAAGCCCAUGGCCAUGUUUUUGGCUUAAGAGUUAAUUAAGGCCAUUGUUUUAGCGCAGUGCAAGUUGUUUUAUGUGAAGGUCUGUGAAGGAGUUUUCGGCCAGAAAUACGGUAUGUCCGAGCUAAAAUUGAGUUGGCCGGUCACCUUGACCGGCGUCCCUCCAGCCGUUAUUUCGCGCCCUGACAUGCAUGGCUGAAUUCCUUCAAAGCAACUGAUUGUUUUGUAAGGCCAGACACCAUGCUAGAGUAAUGCCAUUUCAUUUUGUUGUUAUCUUGCACUGCACUUUAUAGUUCAGAUGCAUGCAUGAUGACAUGGAUCUAAUAAUGGAUGUAAUAAUUUGAAAUUAUUAAUAUUCAUUGUUGGUAUUUAAUUGAAAAAAAAUACUAAUAUUAGAAUGAAUGGCGACAAUUUACCCUAAUGUUGAACAUUUAUUACACACUAUGGCCCCAGUUACACGAUACUGCAUUUGCUCAAAUUUAACUGUUUCAGAAAUAUCUUGACACUCAAAAUUGCAAUAGUAUGACUAAAUAGAACGAAAACUCUUUACUAAAGGGGAACUUUUUUGUGGGCAGACAUUACUCCUGGACAGCAUAAUGUUGAUGUCAAAGAAAGCGAAUCCAUUACUGUGUAAUUGGGGCUUAUACAAUACACUGUAGUUUAUAGGUGAACUUCACCAAACACUACUGUAGUUCUCAUAUUGCAGCUAUCGGGUGACUAAAUUGUUCACUACAGUAUGCAGUAUAAUACUUGAAUCUACUGUCUGAGCAGUGGAGUGCCACUACUACUACUAGACACCAGAUGUGCUGGUGAAGUGCAGCAGCUGUACUGUAAGUGACGACCUUGCCAAGCCUGGUGAGCUGGCUAGUUUAAUUAAGGAAUACCUUUUUGCGUGCGUGCGUGCGUGCGUGCGUGCGUGUUGGUGUUGUGUACUCAGGUCAAUAUGAUGUUUGUGAUGUUACUUUGAGUGUGCAUCCACACCGGGCAAGCCGAAAAGUUUACUUGGCCACGGUGGGAAUCGAACCCGCGACCUUUGGGAUACUUGUCCAAUGCUCUGCCAAUUGAGCUACGUGGUCAAGUCGGUUCGAAUUGAUGAUAUUUCGGAACUGAGUCUGAAAUACUUCUACAUGAAUUAGGACAUGAUGUCAACAGCAGACUGAUGUAAAAUCUGUAGUAGUAGUGUGUUAUGUUAUCAAUAUGUAAUGUGAUGUCUUGUUAAGACUUUGAUUAUACAUAUUUCAGAGUAAGUCGCUGUCAACAACAGAUAGCUGAAAUAGCGGUAGAAGCUGUGCUUUCUGUGGCUGAUCUUGAGAGAAAAGAUGUAGAUUUUGAAUUGAUUAAAGUCACUGGCAAAGUUGGUGGUAAACUGGAUGACACGAUGUUGGUCAAAGGAGUACUUGUUGAUAAAGAUAUGAGUCACCCUCAAAUGCCAAAGGUAUAAAACAGGGAUAUAGUUUUUUAGGCAGACAUCACGAUGUUUUUGCAUUUAGAGAAAGCAUGAAAGUUUAAACUUUGUGGUACUCAUUUAAUUACUGUGCAGUACAGUAGGUUUCAUUAUACCAGUUUCACUGGUGUGUCACAUUGCAAAUUUAAAGUGGAAAUGGAACGUAAAAGUGUUAUUUUCCGCUGGUUGAGGAAAGAAGCGGAAAAUGUUUUUUCACACACUACUGGUAGCGCGAUAGAUCUAGUGUGUUGCCAGGUGCCCGGUGCAGGUUAGGUGAGCACGUUGCUGCAGCAGCUCCUAGCGUGUGUGAGAAUUCAAUUUAGGCAAAUGAAUAUAAAAAUAAAUAUACUAAAAACCCUGAAUACAAUUAAGAUUUCUGUAAGAGAGAUGACUAGUAUUGGUAUUAUUCGAUAGUGAGUGUAAAUUGGGCGUUGAAUAACGUUGACCAAGCUUGUAAUUUUUAUUUCUAAACUAUUUACUCUACAUAAUGUAGCAUUGCUUUGAGUCAGAAAUCGUGUUACAAUUGCCGAGAAGAUCUUGCGUCAUGGCCAUGUCAUGUUUCCUUCCUAGGUUGUAAAAGACGCUAAAAUAGCUAUCCUAACCUGUCCGUUUGAACCUCCUAAACCCAAGACCAAACAUAAACUUGAUGUGACUUCGGUUGAAGACUACCAUAAACUACGUGAAUAUGAGAAGAAUACGUUCAUUGAAAUGAUCAAACAAGUGAAAGAUACAGGAGCUAACCUUGCCCUCUGUCAGUGGGGAUUUGAUGAUGAAGCUAAUCAUCUUUUACUACAAAACGAAUUACCUGCUGUCAGAUGGGUUGGUGGUCCUGAAAUAGAGGUAUUUAACGUCAAUUACUGUAUUUUACAUGUAGUCCAGUAUUCGUGGUAGCAUACCGUCUACGGAAGUCUGCUUGCUCGCGAAUCAACUACACGUUUCUUGAAGACUGUACUGUAAUAUUGGUGCUGCUCUUUUGGUUGUUAAUUAAAUGUACAGUUUUUUACUUUUAUUAUACUGGAUAUGGUUGUAUAUUGUGAUUGCAUAUAUGAGCGAGAUACCCAAAAAUCUCCAUAUUUACCCAUACUGUAUAAUGGGCAAUGGCAUCACUCGUAUAUUAUCAUCCUUUUGUUGAUGCAGAUCCUACUUCUUUAAACUUUUUUGCCUGCUCCUCCUCGUAUUCCUUAGUGUCCGCCUCUGCAUGCACGGAAAAUGUGGUGUCCGCUAGUGUUCUGUGUUGCCCAAUAUAGUGUUGCUUUUCAGCCCUGUACAAUCCUGUAGCUGUUGUAUUUGCCGCUGUUUUGACGAUUUAAUAGGUGGGUACUUUUGCCUGCUCUUCCUCAUCUUAAUUUUCUAUUUCUAGUUGAUUGCGAUCGCAACAGGUGGUCGUAUAGUCCCUCGAUUCUCAGAACUAACUUCAGAGAAAUUAGGCCAUGCAGGAAUCGUAAGAGAGUUAUCAUUUGGUACAACUAAAGAUCGUAUGUUGGUUAUAGAAGAAUGUAAGAAUACCCGUGCUGUAACAAUAUUUAUUCGAGGAGGAAAUAAAAUGGUUAGUACACUAGUGUUUUACACAAGCUUUGACGUCGUCACCGGCGUAUGUAUGCAUCUUCGUUCAUGUCUGUAUAAUAGUAUCAUCCAUGUCUGCAUGACAUCAUCAUCAACAUCUGCUGAUGGUGUUAUCGAUGUCUGCAUGACGUUAUCGUUGAUGUUAUGUGAUGGCAUCGUCGGUGUCUACAUUAUGAAUUACAGCGCUUCUACAGUAUCUAUUUGUUCAGUAAUUAGUAUGAUGCAUUUGAAAUAAACAGUGCUUGGUAAUUGCUUACAUUAUGUUUAGUUUUCAUUUGACUAUAAAUACGCCGUUUUGUGACAUGUUUUAUAAAUUAAAAUACUUUUUGUAUGUACUGUACAGUACUGUAUUAACGUAAUUCCGCAUUUACUCUAGAUAAUCGAAGAAGCGAAGCGUAGUAUCCACGAUGCACUAUGUGUCGUUCGAAAUCUUGUUCGUGAUAAUCGUAUUGUAUAUGGAGGUGGUGCUGUUGAACUAGCCUGUUCUUUGAAAGUGGGUGAACGUGCUGAUAAGGUAAUCAUCGCUAUGAUUCGUAUAGGUACUUUUUACAGUAUAGUCUAUAUGUAUUAGAAAUCUUUAGUUCGCAACCCCUGUUUUUAUGGAAAGUGCCGUCGGCAGACGACUUUCUCGUUAGUCUUAGCAUGCAAUUACAUUAGUUGUUUGUUUGUAGAUCUCUACUCUAGAGCAAUAUGCGAUGAGAUCAUUUGCAGAGGCUCUGGAAGCUAUACCAUUGUCAUUGGCAGAAAAUUCUGGAUAUAAUCCAAUACAAACUGUUGCUGAUAUAAAAUCUCGCCAAGUGGCUGAAAAGAAUCCCCGACUUGGGAUAGAUUGUAUGAACAACGGGUCUAACGGUAAGCAUGAAAAUUCUAAAAUGCAGCUAGUGCGUGUACUAUAUAUCAGGUUGAUAUUUAACUAUUUUAUUAUUAUUAUUUAUUUAACUAUUUUAUCCUGUAACUGACUGCACCGUAAAAUAGAGUAUACGGUACCUGAAGUAUUCAGUAUCCUGCUUGUAUAUAAUCUUUAUUUGCAAUGUAGAAUAUUUUAGAAAUCCGCCAUAUUUAUUACUCGCUGUGCCCUGGCGAGUAUAGGUUUCGGCACGCGUGGUGGAUGUCGGAUGUCAGAUCGUCGUUGAUAGCCACAAAAUAGAAUAUUAAUGAGUUGCCUAAUUUUCCCCCCAAUUAUCCAUAAGGCUUCUGCCAAUUUUACCCAAAUUACCGCAAAUCGCAAGUAAGUUUAGUUCUGAUAAUAAAUAUUAAUGCCCAGCAAAGUGCUUUUAAAAGAGCCAUAAACCAUUAAAUUUAAAAAUUUUAUUAAAGAUUAAGUAACGUUUCGUCUUAACUCAAGACAUCUUCAGACUAUAUUAAAUUACAAGCUGUAAGAGUAAUUAAGCAUAAAGUAAAGCUAUUAUAGCAAUAUUAAAUUACAAGCGAAUACGAGGUACACAAAACGUAAGGAUAAGAAUGGAUAAUGAAGGGAAGUGACGGACAAAAAUGAGACCAACCAAAUUAGACAACACAAACAGACAAAACAUAAAAAAAAGAGAUCAGAAUACGUGAAGAGGGAUUGAACUGCCUCGAACGUUGAGAGAGGGUUUCAUUUUAGAGAUAAAAAAGCUUUCAUGAAUAAGGAGUUCUUGUUCAUCUGAACAAGAGGAGAGGAUUUCGAAGUCGUCAAUAGAAGCAGCGUGGCCUGUGGAUGUGAGAUGUGAGAAAAUGCUGGACUGGGGAGGAUUUUUACAUUGUUUGCCAGUGAUAGGAGUGAUACCCAG